AUGGACGAAUAUGAGAAGCAUAAGAGGUUUGCAUAUAAAUUCAAUAGUAAUUUAGUCAUUCAGACAAAUCAAAGAAAUCGUGAAAAUGCACCUAGUGGAGAAGCAGAAAGUCUUGUAGGCAAGAUAAAGUACAAAAUGGGCGAUUUAGCUUUGUCCUCUAAGCCUAAGAAGUCUGUUGAGAAAAAUAAUGUAAAACAUUUACGAAGGAAUAAAAUAGAUAACUCUGAAAAGAUUAACAUUUUAGAUAUAGAUAUCAAUAGUUACAACACAUAUACUCCUACUACUGUGGAGACAAGAGUAGUAUAUGAAGAAUUCUUAGAUAAUCUAACCGAUAUUAUGGGAUCACAGCCUGGAAAUAUACUAAAAGAUACUUUAUUUGAAUUGAUGACUAUAUUGAAGGAUGAGGAAAUUGUUGAGGAUGAGAAACUGAGAAGAUGCUCUGAAGUUUUAGGUGAUAUAUCUAUUGAUGAUUUUAAAAAAAUGUCUCAACUAGGACGUAAACUAACUGAUUUCAAUCCAAAUUUGGAUGAUGAAGUUCCAGAGAAUGAUGAUCCUCUCGGUGUUGCAGUAGUAUUUGACGAGGAUAACUCUAAUGACCAAGAAAGGGAUUACUUAGGUAUAAUCCAAGAUGGGAGUGAUGAGGAUUAUGUUGAGGAGGAUAUAAGUGAAGAUGAAGUAGCUGAUGAAAACAAUUUAGAACAGGAGUAUGUGCGAAGAAUAGAAGAUAAAAGUCAAUCUAAGACUGAGAAAGAUAAUUAUGAAGUAGAGAUACAUAAAAUAGAUGCUUAUUGGCUUCAGCGAGAACUUUAUAGUAUAUUUAAGGAUGCAGAAAAAUCACUAGAAAUGGAAAAGUUGAUUUUAGAUAUUUUAAAAAAUGAUGAUUCUCAGGAAUGUGAAAAUUCUCUAGUAACUCUCUUUAACUAUGAACACUUUUCAUGGAUAAAAACUAUAUUAAUGAACCAAUGGAAAAUAUACUAUUGUACCCUAUUAGGUCAAGCUUCUUCUGAAGAUGAACGUGCUAAAAUAAUUGAAGAAAUGAAGAAUCAUCCUGAGGGUGCAAAUGUACUUGAUUUAAUAAAUAAACCCACCAUUUGGAAAAGCAAAGAUUUCGGAUUUCUUAAUUCAAUAAAGAAACAGAUAGAAGAGAGCCAUAUAGUUUCUGCUGAAGAUAGAGAUGUUAAUAGUGAAAAUAAGAAGUACAUGAGUGAUAUUAUUGACUUUGAUCAGUUAUAUAUGGAACAAACUACGAAUUCCAAUAUUUCAUCUAAAGUAGUACUUCCAGAAGGAUCAGAGAAAAUAGAAGGAAAGGAAUAUGAUGAAAUUAUAGUACCAUCCUUAAGGAUUAAACAAAAUGAAAAUAUCAAGGUUGUUUCAAUUGAUGAAUUACCAAAAUGGUGUCAUCCUUGUUUUAAGAGUGUUGGAAUUGAAAGAUUAAACUUAAUUCAAAGCAAAGUUUGCAAUGUAGCUUUAAAUGAAAGUGAUAAAAAUAUUUUAGUAUGUGCUCCUACAGGAUCGGGGAAAACCAAUAUUGCUUUAUUAUGUAUUCUGAAUACUUUGUCUCUAUUUAUGAGAAAAACUUCUGAAUUUUCAGUUAAUGAAGAAUUUAAUUUUGAUACUUCUAAAUUUAAGAUUGUUUAUAUAUCACCUAUGAAAGCUUUGGUUACUGAACAAGUUGAGUCCCUAAGGAUUAGACUAAGACCACUUGGAAUUGUUGUAAAUGAAAUGACUGGUGAUACUAGAGUGAGUAGAUCAUUGAUGGAAUCAACUCAAAUCUUUAUAACUACUCCAGAAAAACUGGAUGUAAUUACAAGGAAGAUGAGUGAUGGAUUGUCAGAUGUAUUAAAACUUAUAAUUAUUGAUGAAAUUCACAUGCUGCAUGAUGCACGUGGUGCUGUAUUGGAAGGCUUAGUUGCUAGAUUUAAAGAUAAUGAAAGUCAAGUAAAUUCACUCUUGAAAAACAAAAUUAGACUGGUUGGACUUUCCGCUACAUUACCAAAUUACCUUGACGUUGCAAGAUUUCUGGAAGUUGAUCCAAGAGUUGGUUUAUUUUAUUUUGGACCUGAAUAUCGUCCAGUUCCACUUAAACAAACUUAUAUUGGGAUUAGAGAAAAGAAAGGUUUCAGAAGGUUGCAAAUGCUAAACAGUAUAUUAUAUGAAAAGAUAAUGAAAAGUGUUAAAGAACACCAAAUACUAGUUUUUGUUCAUUCUAGAAAAGAUACCAUACAAACUGCAAAGUUUAUACGUGAUAAAGCUACAAGUGAUGGUUUGCUUAACUCUUUUUUCCCUGGAAAUAGCAACGUUAGCCGGGAAAUUUUACUAGAUGAAUUAAGUGGUAUAAAAUCUGAUAAUUUAAAAGAUGUAUUACCAUGUGGAAUAGCCAUUCACCAUGCAGGACUUCUCCGUACUGAUAGAAAGAUAGUUGAGGAUUUGUUUGCUGAUGGUCAUAUCCAGAUUCUAGUUACAACUGCAACACUAGCAUGGGGAGUCAAUUUACCUGCACAUACUGUAAUAAUAAAAGGAACUCAAGUAUAUAAGCCAGAAACUGGGCAAUGGAGUGAAUUAUCUCCACUGGAUAUAUUUCAAAUGAUUGGUAGGGGAGGGAGACCUCAAUAUGAUAUAGAUGGUCAUGGAAUAAUUAUUACAGAUUAUCAGAAUCUUACUUACUAUUCUUCUCUUUUUAAUCAACAAUUUUAUAUUGAAUCGCAGCUUAUAAGUAAAUUACCGGAUCUAAUUAAUGCUGAAAUUGUCCUUGGGAAUAUACAAGGAAAAUUGGAUGUGCUAAAGUGGAUUAAAAAGACAUUCUUAUAUAUUAGACUAAAAAAAAAUCCGAAGUUAUAUGGUUUGAAUGUGGACUCAUCUAUAACUAUAAAUACAUGUAUAAGGGAUACCACAGAGGACAUUACUACUGAAUUAAAUGAUGAACUAAUAGAAAAUUAUUGUACUCGUAUGGCAGAAUCUGCACUACUUACUUUAGAUAAAUUAGGUGCUAUACAAUAUGACUACAGAACGGAUAUUGUUAUACCUUCUUUACUUGGACAAAUAUCUUCAUUAUAUUACUUAAGUCCAGAAACAGUACAAGAUCUUGAAAAACAAUUAUACCCUCAAAUAAAUGAAAUUCAGCUUUUUAGACUUUUAUCUUUCUGUAAAGAAUUUAAAUUUUUACCUGUAAGGAGUGAAGAAAAAUCUGAACUGGAAAAGUUAGUAAAUAAGGUACCAAUACCAGUGCAAGGUACAGGCGAAGAUAUUGACACAAGCAUGAAGGUAAAUGUCUUGAUUCAACUUUACCUUUCUGGGUCAAGAUGGAUCAACUCUAAGUUGACAUUAUUAGCUGAUUUAUAUUCAAUUGUACAAGCAUCUCCAAGAAUAUGCAGAGCUCUUUUUGAUAUAGCUUUAAGAAAAGGCUGGUCAGGAACUGCAAAAAAGGCAUUAACAAUAGCAACGAUGAUUGAAAGGCGAUGUUGGGAAGCAAUGUGCCCUCUUAGACAAUUUAAAGGUGUAUCUGAUGAUAUAAUUAAAAGAUUAGAGAAGAAAGAUAUCCAAUGGAAUAAGUAUUAUGAUUUUACUUCACAGCAAUUAGGUGAAUUAUUGAGAUCAAACAAACUAGGUCCUGGACUUUAUAAUUUAAUACGUAAAAUACCAAAGAUAGAACUAUCUGCUACUGUUCAAUCAAUUAAUAAUACUAUAUUACAAUUUGACAUAUUAGCUAGACCAAAGUUUAACUGGGAUUUUAAUAUUCAUGGUCAACCAAUAGAUGGGAGCACUUCAAUUGAAACAAAUACUACUGGAGAAACAUUUUGGAUAUUUAUUGAAGAUUGCAACGGAGAAAAACUAUACUAUUCAGAAAUGAUUAUUAUUAAGCCUCCACCAAAUCUUUUUAAUUAUACAGAUGAAGUAAAGCUUGAUCAAAAACAUUUAUUAUCAUGCCAUAUAUUUAUUGAUCAUCCUCUACCACCAGUUUUAUUUAUUAGAGCUAUUGCUGAUCGUUGGCUACACUCAGAAACUUAUAUUCACAUAUCACUUCAAAAAAUAAUAUUACUACCUAAAGAAACACCAUUCACUGAACUAUUAGAUUUACAACCUAUGAAAAUUGAAAGUGCAUUUAGAACAAAACAAUCUAUAUCAUACAUAAGGAAAGCUAUUGAAUUUGAAGAUAUAUAUAUGGAUAGAAAGGAAUUUAAUAUGAACGAGAUUACUACAUUUAAUGCAGUGCAAACACAAUUAUUUAAUAUAUUGUAUAAUUCAAAUACAAAUUUAUUUAUAGCAGCUUCACCAAGAUCUGGGCAAUUUAUAUGCACUUGUAUUGCAAUAUCAAGACUAUUAGAGAACCUUGAAGAACCUAAAUUCUUCAAAAUAUUGUAUUUAUGUGGAAAUCCAGAAAUGUUACCUUAUAGAGCAAAUAAACUCAAAGCAGUAUUUGGUGAUAUAGUUGGUGAAUUUGCUGGGAAUGUUAAUGGAGAUGUUGAAAAAACAGAUAAAUAUCCUUUGAUUAUAUCAACAUUUGAUUACUGGGAUAAAGUAUCUAGAAAGCUUGUUAAAGCUAGAGCACUACUGAGAAAUCUGAAACUAUUGAUAAUUGAUCAUAUUGAAUUAUUAUCAACUAUUAAAUAUGGUCCAAUUAUUGAGUCUACAAUAUCUCGUAUACGCUAUUUGAUAUCUCCUCUUGAUAUUGAGUUACGUAUUAUUGGAUAUUCUAUGAGUAUAUCAAAUGCAAAGGAUGUAGCAGAAUGGCUAGGAGUUUCAAAAGAUGGUAUAUUUUCUUUCCAUCCAUCUAUACGUCCAAAUCCAAUUCGCUUAUCUAUAAAAGGAUUUGAUUCUUAUUAUAGAUCUGGACGUAUAUUAUCAAUGAUUAGACAACUCCCAAAAUACCUACAAAAAUAUGUAAUGAAAACACAAACAAAGAUAAGCCAAUCUAAAACUGAAUAUAAGGACAGUCAAUUAGAUAAUAAUGAUAUAGAAUCAGCUUCUACAUUACUAAUCUAUGUACCUGACCAGGAAACUUGCACAAUGGUUGCUAAAGAUUUAUCUUUUAGAAUGAGUGAAUUAAAUAAUAAUAAUUAUUGUACUUUAAGAUCACAAACUUCAAUAAAUUUUGAAGAAUUUAUAAAAAUUUAUGGAAAUGAAAUGAAACUAGGAAAGUUGUUAGAAAUAUGCAUGAUGCUUGGAAUUGGAUUUCUUCAUGAAGCCCAGUCUAAAUAUGAAUUCACAAUAGUUUUAGAAGCCUAUAAAAAAGGUGUAAUUACUGUUUUAAUAGCUACAGAAGAUUUCAAAUGGAAAUUAAAUGUUCAAUUCACAACAGUAAUAAUUAUGGAUACACAACGUUUUGAUGAUGAUAUUUUAGUCUCAAGGAACUUAAGGAGAAUUAUUAAUUACUCUGCCAUUGAUAUGAGUUGCAUUGUUGCAAGAUGCAUUAGACCAAAAUUAGGUGAUAUUGGUAAUAUUAUUUUACUCUGUCCUAGCAGUAAGAAAUUAUACUAUGAAUAUAUAUUAAAUAAUGCAAUUCCAUUGGAAUCAUAUCUUGAAUAUGGAAUAAUUGAUUCUAUAAAUACUGAAAUUGCCUUAAAAGUCAUUAAAUCUAGGCAAGAUUCAAUUGAUUGGAUUACUUGGACAUUUUUUUACAGGAGAUUAUCAAAGAAUCCUACAUAUUAUGGACUAUUAGAUUGUUCACCAAGAUAUAUAUCUGAAUAUUUGUCUGAAGUUCUUGAAAAUGUAUUAGUUACACUCGCAUCAGCUCAAUGUAUUACUCUAUCUGGGGAAGAGAGUGAAUAUGAUGAUGAUUCAGUUAAAAAGGAUAAGUCAACUACAAGUGAUUUGAUCAUUCCUCUGAACUUGAGUUUAAUUCCAGCAUAUUAUUCUCUGAAAGUUAAUAGCAUUGAAUACCUAAGUCAAACAAUUUCAUCACAAGAAACUCAUAUGAGUAUAUUGUCAAUAAUAUCAUCUGUACCAGAGUUACAAGAUCAUUGUUUAUUAAGGAAAAGUGAAAUAUAUAUAUUACAGAAAAUGUCAAAUUACACAAAUAUGAAUAACUUUGAUUCAAUAGAUAUAUCAAUUAAAAUAUUGAUUCUAUUAAAUGCAUAUUUAAAUAGGCUUCCUAUGACAUCAAUUUUGCAUAAUGAUACAAUGGAGAUAGUAAAAUUAGUUAUACCUAUAAUAUAUGCUUUUGUUGAUGUAUCUUGUUCAGCUGGAUUAAUAAAAUCAAGUAUUAAGGCUAUGGAAAUUGCUCAACUGAUCACUCAGGCAAUAUCAAACCCUAAAGAUAAACUAUUACAACUUCCACAUUUAAAUAAAAGUCAUCUUCCAAUAUUAUUAAAGUAUAAUAUAUUUGAUAUUUAUGACUUAAUUGGAGCAAAUGACAAUAUUAGAAUAUCUAUAUUUAAUGAAUUAAAUUUAUCUGAUGAAAAAAUUCACGAAAUUGCAAUAGCUUGCAAUAGAUUCCCAGUUAUUGAAGCUAAAAUUGACAUUGAUGGUGCAACUAAACAACAUGAAUAUAAGAGAAGAAAGACUGAUAAUAACAAACAAGAAGUAGGAUCUGAACUAAAUGAUCAAGGACAAAAUAUAACUUCAAGUUAUCACUGUAGUUGUGGAACAGAUCUUGUACUUUUAAUAGAUAUAACAAGAGAUUUGACUGAUUCUGAAGAUGAAAAAUUAAGUCCUGUUAUUGCACCAUAUUAUCCAUUAGAAAAGGAUGAACAGUGGUGGAUUAUCUUGUUACAAAUAAAAGAUGAUGAACAACUUAUAUCUGGGAUAAGGAGGGUCAAUCUGAAUAAAGAAUUAAAUCAAAUAAAGUUACAAUUUCAAGCAUCAUCUAGUUCUGGAAUUUAUAAGUACCAAUUACUCAUAAUUUGUGAUAGUUAUAUUGGUUGUGAUCAAGAAUAUAUGAUAAAUUUAAAAGUGAGUAUGAAUUAA